CCUUCGCCAAUAUGGUGGUCUCCGGUUCGGGCGCGAUGGUUUCCUUCGAGAUUGGGCCGGGGCGGGGGUCUGGGCUUUAGACGGGUAGUAUUUAGUUUCACAAUGUUUGGGGACCUGUUUGAAGAGGAUUGUUCCAGUGUGCCAGAUAAUCAGUACGGAAAAGGGAAGAAAUUAAAGACCAAAGCUUUGGAGGCACCUGCUCCUAGAGAAUUCACUAAUUUAAGCGGCAUCAGAAAUCAGGGUGGAACCUGUUACCUCAAUUCCCUUCUUCAGACUCUUCAUUUCACACCUGAAUUCAGAGAAGCUUUAUUUUCUCUUGGCCCGGAAGAGCUUGGUUCGUUAGAGGAUAAGGAUAAACCUGAUGCAAAGGUUCGAAUCAUACCCUUACAGUUACAGAGGCUGUUUGCUCAGCUUCUGCUCUUGGACCAGGAAGCUGCAUCCACGGCCGACCUCACAGACAGCUUUGGGUGGACCAGCAAUGAGGAAAUGAGGCAACAUGAUGUACAGGAACUGAAUCGAAUUCUCUUUAGUGCUUUGGAAACCUCUUUAGUCGGGACCUCCGGCCAUGAUCUCAUCAAUCGUCUAUAUCACGGAACCAUUGUUAACCAGAUUGUUUGUAAAGAAUGUAAGAAUGUCAGUGAAAAGCAGGAAGACUUCUUAGAUCUAACCGUAGCAGUCAAAAAUGUAUCCGGUUUGGAAGAUGCUCUCUGGAACAUGUAUGUAGAAGAGGAAGUUUUUGACUAUGACAACUUAUACCACUGUGGAACUUGUGACAAGCUGGUUAAAGCAGCAAAGUCGGCCAAAUUACGUAAGCUGCCUCCCUUUCUUACUGUUUCAUUAUUAAGAUUUAAUUUUGAUUUCGUGAAGUGUGAACGAUACAAGGAAACUAGCUGUUACACGUUCCCUCUCCGGAUCAAUCUCAAGCCUUUUUGUGAACAGAGUGAAUUAGAUGAUUUGGAAUACAUAUAUGACCUCUUCUCGGUCAUUAUACACAAAGGUGGUUGCUAUGGAGGACAUUAUCAUGUGUAUAUUAAAGAUGUUGAUCAUUUGGGAAACUGGCAAUUUCAAGAGGAAAAAGGUAAACCAGAUGUGAAUUUGAAAGAUCUUCGGAAUGAAGAAGAGAUUGACGAUCCAUUGAUAAUUCUGAAAGCAAUCUUAUUACAGGAGGAGAAUAAUCUAAUUCCUGUAGAUCAGCUGGGCCAGAAACUGUUGAAAAAGAUAGGAAUAUCUUGGAACAAGAAGUACAGAAAACAGUAUGGACCAUUGCGAAAGUUCUUACAGCUUCAUUCUCAGAUAUUUCUACUCAGUUCAGAUGAAAGUACGGUUAGUCUAUUGAAGAACUCUUCUCUCCGGGCUAAGUUUGAUUUCCAAAGGAAUGAUCAACACAUUUUCAAGACCCUUACUUCAGAAUCCCCAGGACUAAAUGAUAGAAGCUCCUGUCCUCACUGGUUUGAUAUAAAUGAUUCCAAAGUCCAACCAAUCAAGGAAAAGGAUAUUCAACAGCAAUUUCAGGGUAAAGAGAGUGCCUAUAUGUUGUUUUAUCGGAAAUCCCAGUUGCAGAGACCCCCUGAAGCUCGAGCUAAUCCAAGAUACAGAGUUCCGUGUCAUUUGCUGAAUGAAAUGGAUGCAGCCAACCUUGAACUGCAAACAAAAAGGGCAGAAUGUGAUUCUACAGACAAUAAUUUUGAACUACAUCUCCACCUGGGCCCUCAUUAUCAGUUCUUCAACGGGGCUCUGCAUCCUGUGGUCUCUCAAACAGAAAGCAUGUGGGAUUUGACCUUUGACAAAAGAAAAACUUUAGGAGACCUUCGACAGUCAAUAUUUCAGCUGUUAGAAUUUUGGGAAGGAGAUAUGGUUCUUAGUGUUGCAAAGUUUGUACCAGCAGGACUUCAUGUUUACCAGAUGCUUGAUGGAGAUGACCUGACACUGAGUGAAAUUGAAAUUGCUGAUGGGGAAGACAUCUUUGUAUGGAAUGGGGUGGAGGUUGGCGGAAUCCAGAUUCCAACUGGUAGUGACUGUGAACCUCUGCUCUUAAAUGUGCUUCAUCUGGCAACAAGCAGUGAAGGAGAAACGUGUCAGCAGUUGAUAGAAUUUCCACAUGUCUUUCCAGCUAAUGCAGAAGUAGGCACUGUAUUCACAGCUUUAGCAAUCCCAGUAGGUGUCCUCUUAAUCAACAAUACUGAAUCUAUGGGAGAAAAGAGCUGGACCACCAUUCCCAAGGAAGACUUUAAGAAGACAUUCAGAGAACAAGGUGUCAGAAAUGGAAGCUCAAUUUUAAUUCAGGAUUCUAAUGAUGAUAACAGUUUAUUGGCGAAGCAAGGGCAAUGGAUCGCUAGUAUGAAUGAGAUUGACUGGCUCCAAGUUAAAAAUUUAUGUGAAAUAGAAUCUGAAGAAGAGCAAGUUAAAAUAUCAGCAACUGUUAACACAGUGGUGUUCGAUAUUCGAAUUAAAGCCAUAAAGGAAUUAAAAUUAAUGAAGGAACUAGCUGAGAACAGCUGUUUGAGACCUAUUGAUAGAAAUGGGAAGCUGCUUUGUCCAGUCCCAGACAAUUAUACUUUGAAGGAAGCAGAGUUGAAGAUGGGGAGUUCAUUGGGACUGUGUCCUGGAAAAGCACCGACUUCCUCUCAGCUGUUCCUGUUUUUCGCUGUGGGGAGUGACGUUCAGCCUGGGGCAGAGAUGGAGAUCAUAGUAGAAGAAACAAUAUCUGUGAGAGAUUGUUUAAAGAUAAUGCUGGAGAAAUCUGGCCUACCAGGAGACGCAUGGCAUUUACGAAAAACGGAUUGGUGCUGUGAAGCUGGGGAGCCUUUAUGUGAGGAAGGUGCAACACUGAAAGAGCUUAUGAUAUGUUCUGGAGAUACUUUGCUUUUAAUUGAAGGAAAACUUCCUCCUCUGGGUUUCCUGACGGUGCCCAUCUGGUGGUACCAGCCUCAGCAUCCCUCGGGUCACUGGAAGAGUCAUCAGGACCAGACGAACUGUACCCCUCCUCAAGGUGGGAUUUGGAGACCCAUUUCCGCCCAAGAUUCUCCUGGUGACGGACAUGCAGAAGUUUCCCUCCACUACUUGGGAGACGUUGAAAUCUCAGAAGAUGCCACCUUGAUGGAGCUGAAGUCUCAGGCCGUGGCCUUGCCCUCCUUCUCGGAGUUUGUCACCCCAUCCCCAGCCUUCCUCAGAGUCUGGACUGUGGGAAAUAAGCGCCCUGACAGGCUUUUGCGAGCCAACCAGCAGCAGCUCAAGGAAUAUAAACUGGGAAGGAGAAGUGAGAUCUGCGUAGAGCCCCUUCAGAAAGAAGAAAACUUGGGCCCCCAGGACGUGCUGCUGAGGACACAGAUGCGCCUCCCCGGCAAGAGGGCAUACGCCCUGCCCCUGGACUUGGUGUGGGAUGCUGCCCGAGGCUGGACUGCUGGCUCCCUCAGGCAGCGAGUUGCUGAUUUCUAUUCUCUUCCUGUGGAAAAAAUUGAAAUUGCCAAAUACUUUCCUGAAAAGUUUGAGUGGCUUCCAAUAUCUAGCUGGAACCAGCAAAUUACUAAGAGGAAAAAGAAGAAAAAGCAAGAUAAUUUGCAGGGGAUGCCUUAUUACUUGAAAGAUGGAGAUACUAUUGGUGUUAAGAAUCUCCUGGUUGAAGAUGAUGAUGAUUUCAGUACAGUCAGAGAUGACAUUGGAAAAGAGAAACAGAAACAGCUCACUCUGGGAAAAAAGAAAAGCCAAGAAGCCCUGCGUGUGCAGAGCAGCCAUGUUUUCUCCGGGACAGAGGCGCCUGCCCGGCCCCGUGGACCAGAAGCUUCUCUCUCCAUCCACGUUGGGAGUUUCAGGUAGUGCUGGCAGCUGCCGCCGUCCCGGUGGGCGCAGCGCCCAGGCGGUGCUGGUACCAGAGGAGCUGAUCUCCCCUGGGCCUGGCGGGGCCUCGUCGGCUGCACGCACAGGGCUCUGUGUUCCUGCUACAAUUCGCCAUUCAGUUCCAGGAGAGCAAGUUAGUUGGUUUUCUGCCUUGUGCAGACACGGACUCCAGACCUCUGCUUUAUUAUGAGCAAGGGGAUGUUUCAUCUCAGGCCAGGCAGGUGCACUUGAUCGUUCUGCUGUGCAGCCCGUCCCCCCGGGAGGCUGGCACAGGCCUGGCGAUACUGCAGGUGCCAGUCAGAUGUUGCCCUCCCACCACGCUUGACCCCCACUGCUGUUUUUCUCAGAAAACUUAUUUGUUGUGCAUUAACUGCAGAUGUAGAUCAAAUGGUACCUUGCUAACGCCUGACAAAUCUGCCGUUUAAGAUACAUGUGUUCCGUUCUCUUCUGCGCUGUUCACAUGACUUUGGUAUCUGUGUUAACAAAGGUUCUGACAGCUCCCGCUGAGGGUCUGGCCAGCCUCAUGCUGUGACAUAAAGGGAGUCCCCACACAGCACGUGUUCCCCCUUUGGUCUGAGUGAAAACUGUGAUUCUAAGUAGCGUUAGCUCUGUCGGGAAUGAGGUGACAGAGGGGACAGCCUCUGGAGUUAAGUAUUCACUGCUAAAGAGACAGGAGCCUCAGGUGUGGCUGCCACACGGCCCAGCAGCCCUGAGGUGUCCUCUGACUGUGCUGUCUGGUCAGAACAUUCUCGCUGUGCUGCUGCUGUUGCCGCUGCUGCUGGAGCCUCCUCGCUUCCCAAGUCUGGAGGGAGGUGGGGUCGUGGCGGACAGGCCUGAGAAGGCCGAUCGUCCUGAGUAGCCUCAGUUAAAACAAAAAGAAAAUGUCAGCUAAGAUUCUUCUCAUAAUUUAGCAUGGCUUGACCGAUUUAGGACACGGAUGAUUCACUUUCUUAAACUCUGACUGAGUUGAAAGCAGGAUUCGUGAGAAAAUGUAAUCAGUUCUUUCUUACCUCAGAUGAAGCUUUGUAGCAACUCUCUUGCUGAGUAUGGUUAUCAUCUUGAUUUCACACAAUUUCUCAUGAGCGCUUUUAUCACUGAUAUUAAAAUAGCACUUACAUGUUAUGAGAUGGAAAAAAAUCGACAGAUGUGGCCCAUGUCUGGGCCUGCCCCACCGGCCUAGGGAAGCCAGGUUCACGUUGUCACACUGUGCUGCCUCUCACAGCUUGACAUGGAGUGGAGUGGCCCUCCGUCCUCCUUCCAGCACCGUCAGAACCACUGCUAGAACUGCAGCCUCUCCUCUGGGUCUGGCUGAGAGGGUGGGUCACAAAUGAUGUAUUCAUCUGUAAGAAGUUGGACUUGGACUAGCGAGCUGCUUUCAGAUUCUCAGACACUAACUCGUCCAGGAGCCUCGCACGUGGGGUCCAGACUGCAUCAGUCAAUGGACCUGGCGUGUUUUUGAUGACAGCAAACUGGCAUGCUCUGGUGAGCUGUGGCUGGAAGCCCAGGCCCUGUGGAUGAGCCAUUCUGUUCCUGACUCGGACUGACGUGUGUCCUGGGUAUGGCCCUCGUUUCAUAGUCAGGUAAUAAAAUAUUAAUGUGAUACUGAAAAGCUUUGCUUUUGAGAAGCCAGAGGCCUCACUGGAUGUGACUUACCAGGACGAACACGGAGGACAUGACUUAAAGGGCCCCGCAGGGAGCGCCCGCUGCGGCCUGGGGCCCUCCAGAAGGUCUCUGCGUGUUGGCCCCCUUCCUGCCUGCCUGCUUUUUUUUUUUUUUUUUUUUUUUUUUUAAUUCGGGGAUGGAACGGGGCCACAGGGAGAGAGCUGUGAGAUUUCGUUGGAAAAGAAAGAAACUGUCCUUCCCGUUGUAGUCUUCCGUUUCCACUGACGGCUUCAUGUUCUACUUGGCCUCUUUUCCCAAGCGAACUUCAGGUGCUAAAUAAAC